AUGGCGGAGCAGGGGACUCGGGCUGCCAUAGCAGAUCCUGGACCUCGGGGGGCCAUGGUGGAUCCUGGACCUCGGGUGGCCAUGGCGGAGCAGGGGACUCAGAUUGAAAAGUUCGAAGGAGACGAGUUGAGAAAAGAUGGCGAGGUGAAGAAAUACUUGGAUAUCAUCAGCAACAAAAACAUCAAACUGUCAGAGCGCGUGCUGAUCCCGGUGCAGCAGUAUCCUAAGAUUGAAAAGUUCGAAGGAGACGAGUUGAGAAAAGAUGGCGAGGUGAAGAAAUACUUGGAUAUCAUCAGCAACAAAAACAUCAAACUGUCAGAGCGCGUGCUGAUCCCGGUGCAGCAGUAUCCUAAGUUUAAUUUUGUUGGGAAACUGCUGGGGCCCAGGGGCAAUUCCAUGAAAAGAUUACAAGAGGAAACGGGAGCAAAGAUGUCCAUCCUCGGCAAGGGUUCAAUGAGGGAUAAAGGCAAGGAGGAAGAGCUGAGGAAAAGUGGAGAGGCAAAAUAUGCCCAUUUGAGCAACGAUCUUCAUGUUUUAAUUGAAGUUUUCGCACCACCUGGAGAAGCCUAUUCCCGCAUGAGCCAUGCCCUGGAGGAGAUUAAGAAAUUCCUUGUUCCAGAUUACAAUGAUGAGAUCAGGCAGGAGCAACUUCGUGAGCUCUCCUACUUAAAUGGCUCAGAUGAGCCCAGCCGAGGAAGAACCGCACGAGGGCGAGGCUUACGUCUGACCUCCACAGCAUCCACCCGGUACAGUAGCUUCACCACACCAGCCCAAUCAUAG